GAAAUGAUUUCCAACUGCCCAGGCUACAAAUUGCCAUAUAGAAAAAAACUUACCACAAGCUUAAUCCCAGAUGAAUACCAAAAAUUGGUAAGUGACAUAAAAAUUAAAUUACAAAUGGCACCAGCCGUGUGUGUAACUACCGAUUGCUGGACAUCGAGUACGAAUAUGUCUUACAUCGGUGUAACAGCACACUUCAUCGAUGAUUCCACUAACUUGUGUUCAGCCUUGAUAGCUUGCAAUAGCUAUGCAGAUAGCCAUGAUGCUAAAAAUUUAUGUAAACUACUUGAAAGCAUCUUGAAUGAAUGGGAAAUCUCAAAUAAAAUUACUGCUGUGGUGAGCUACAAUGCUGCGAACAUCCUAGCAGCUGUAAGAUUGGGUGGAUGGCAAUCAAUUGGUUGUUUUGCCCACUCUUUAAACUUGGUGGUUCAAAAAUCAACCACCAAAAUUGCUAAUACUCUCAUAAAAGUAAAGGCUAUAGUUGAAUACUUCAAAAGAAGUGCGCAAGGUCUCCAGAAAUUGAAAGCCGUCCAAAAACAGAUGAACAUGCCCGAGCUAAAACUUAAACAAGACGUUCCAACGCGCUGGAAUUCAACUUUUGACAUGUUGGAGCGCAUUGUUAAAAUUAAGGAUGCUGUUAUUACCGUGAUUGCCUUCAACCGGAUCGACUUAUCUCUAGAUAAAGAAGACUGGAUGAUUAUAGAGGAGACUUUGCCACUUCUUAAGCCGUUUUACGAAUGGCAAGAACGGAGAACGACUUAUCCACAUGUCUAUAAUUAUGUUAUAAAAAUUUUUUGCACUCAAGCUACCUCUGUUCCUUGCGAGCGUAUUUUUUCAGCUACUGGGCAAAUAAUAAAUGACAGACGAACAUUGCUUAGCCCAGAACAUGUCAAAAACUUAGUUUUUCUACAUUCAAAUUUGUAGGUUAUUCAAAGUAAUUACAUAUUCAAAUAAGACAUAAUAACCUUACAUUACUAUCUGUAAAUAUGAACUAAAAGUGAACUGAUAUAUUUUUUUAUAAUAAUUAUGAUAUUUGUUUUUAUUAGCUAUAGUUUUUUUUUUAUAGUCUUGUUUAUUUUUAUAAUAAUGAAGUAUAUUGGAACAAAAGAAAUGUGAAUAGACUGAAUAAACUAAGAUUUUUUUUAACACAUAAAAUAUUUAUUUUAUUAACUUAUGUUAAUAUAA